GACGCCAGGGGGCGGUAAAGUAUCUAAGCGUAACUGAAAUCUGAACACCAUAAACGAAGAACAACGAAAUUUCUAGCGCUUUAAUCACUUUUGGUUUCUUAAAUAAGAAGCGCGUUAAUAUUUAACCAACUUAGAACGUACACUGAUGGACAAUAAGGAGUCUGAUGCAGCUGAUGAUGGAGUCUCAGAGGCAGAGAGCUGCUCUGCAUCAUGGGUGCAGAGCAUGGGUGCUACUGGAGGCUCCGACUCGCAGGUGGACUCCCAGCUGUCUGAAGCCGUGCGCUUAAAAACUGAGGGUAAUGCAUUUUACCGGGGAAAAAAUGUCCGCAGUGCCAUCGGACGUUAUCACCGUGCCUUGCUUGUGCUUCGUGGUCUGGACUCAGAAGUGAUGUCAAGUCUUAAGGUCUUUAGACCCCAGUCUCCUACACUCACACCAGAGCAAGAUGAAUUGUUCAGGAGCACACAAAUUGACUGCUAUAACAACCUAGCAGCAUGCUUACUUCAGCGUGAACUUGUGGACUAUGCCCGUGUGCAGGAGUACAGUUUGAAGGUACUUCAGUGGAGGCCUGGAGAUAUUAAAGCCCUGUACAGAGCUGGAGUAGCCACCCUGGAGCUAGGAGACACUCAGACAGCUCAACAAUACCUCCUCCAGGCCAGCAGAGGGAAACCAAAUGAUGCCAAUGUGAAGAAACAGCUCCAGCGUGUGGAAGAGAGGCUCAGCAAAGACUAUGAAAAGGAGAAAGCCCUCUACAAAGGCAUGUUCAAUAAACAGAAAGAAACGGAUGAAGAGGAAACUGCAGAGGAAAACCCAAGCCAAGUAUGAGAAGCUCUGAAGCAUUGCACCAGCUGAAAGGAUAAAGAAUGGAACUGAAAAGAAGUGGCCUUACCAAAAUGUGGGAUAUCUGUUGCCCAGGGCAUGGAAUAUAAUCCCCAGUAAAGGUUUAAUGAGAGUAUCGAUAUCUUGCCAAGACUGAAUUAGAAUAUGGCCUGAGCGCUAUGACUGGGCGGUGAAAAUUAAAAGCCUUAUUAGUCCA